AUGACCCCUCCUGUCACUCUGGGGUUCUGUGAGGCUCACUUCUGCAUGAUGGUGAGCAAACUGGUGAAGUACUUCAGCAGGCAGCUGUCCUGCAAGAGGAAGGUGGCGCUGCAGGAGCGCAAUGCCAAACUGGAGGGUUUCCCCCAGCUGCUGCACUGGUUCCGCAUCGUCGACAUCCGUAAGGAGGUGAUGGAGGAAAUCGCCCCAGGGCAGCUCAGCCUGGAGGAUCUGCUGGACAUGACUGAUGACCAGGUCUGUGCCACCGUGGAGAAGUUUGGGGCCAACAGUGAGGAGUGUGCCCGGCUGAACGCGUCCCUGUCCUGCCUCCGCAGCGUGCACAAGUCUGGCGGGAGCCUCUCCAAGCAGGACUGGACCAUCCAGUGGCCGAGCUCGGAGCCGGGCAAGGAGAACAGCCCGGGUUUAUCCCCGGAGCCGGGCCCCUGGGGCAGGACGCACCCGAGCCCCAAGGCGCCGCCCAAGUGCGGGCAGCACCACUGCCACUCGGGCUCCGUGUACACCCACGUGGACCGCCUGACCGUGGAGGGUCACCCGGGGCUGUGCCCGCCGCUCGAGUCCGGCCACCGCUCGCUGCCGCCGUCGCCCCGGCAGCGCCACGCCGCGCACACCCCCCCGCGCACCCCCAACAUCGUCACCACCAUGACCCCGCCGGGGACCCCCCCCGUGCGCCGCAGGAACAAACUGAAGCCCCCCGGGACCCCCCCGCCCUCCUCCAGGAAGCUGAUCCACCUCAUCCCGGGAUUCACGGCGCUGCACCGCAGCAAAUCGCACGAGUUCCAGCUGGGGCACCGCGUGGACGAGGCGCACACCCCCAAAGUCAAGAAGAAGAACAAGCCCCUGAACCUCAAGAUUCACAACAGCGUGGGGAGCUGCGAGAACAUCCCUGCCCAGCGCUCCCCCCUCCUCUCCGAGCGCUCCCUGCGCUCCUUCUUCGUGGGGUACCCGCCCUUCCUGCCCUCCACCCCGCCCGUGCACACCGACUCAGCCACCUUCUCAGCAAAUACGCUGUCAGUGCCUCGCUGGUCCCCGCAGAUCCCUCGUCGGGAUUUAGGAAACUCCAUAAAACACAGGUUUUCCACCAAGUACUGGAUGUCUCAGACCUGCACCGUCUGCGGGAAGGGAAUGUUGUUCGGCUUAAAAUGCAAAAACUGCAAGCUCAAGUGCCACAACAAAUGCACCAAAGAGGCCCCUCCGUGUCACCUGCUGAUCAUCCACCGCGGAGGGAGACGAGCCGGUCGGGGCGAGGCAGAUUUGCAUUGCAAACCACUUCCACCCACCCUCCCCCUGCCUCCUUUUCUUUUCAGAUUCCCCACCGCACGGGCGAGGUUAGUCCGGACUGAGUCGGUGCCCUGCGACAUCAACAACCCCCUGAGGAAGCCCCCGAGGUAUUCGGACCUGCACGUCAGCCAAACGCUCCCCAAAACCAACAAACUCAACAAGGACCACAUCCCGGUGCCCUACCAGCCCGAUUCCAGCAGCAACCCUUCGUCCACCACCUCCUCCACGCCGUCCUCGCCGGCGCCGCCGCUGCCGCCCAGCGCCACCCCGCCGUCCCCGCUGCACCCCUCCCCGCAGUGCCCGCGCCAGCAGAAGCAGUUCAACCUGCCGGCCUCCCAUUACUACAAGUACAAGCAGCAGUUCAUUUUCCCAGAUGUGGUGCCUGAGACGCCGACCCGAGCCCCACAGGUCGUCCUGCACCCCGUCACCUCCAACCCCAUCCUGGAAGGAAACCCAUUGCUUCAAAUUGAAGUGGAGCCCACCUCGGAGAACGAGGAAGGCGCCGAGGAGGUGCAGGAAUCCGAGGACGACUUCGAGGAGAUGAACCUCUCGCUGCUGUCGGCGCGCAACUUCCCGCGCAAGGCCAGCCAGACCAGCAUCUUCCUGCAGGAGUGGGACAUCCCCUUCGAGCAGCUGGAGGUGGGCGAGCUCAUCGGCAAGGGCCGCUUCGGGCAGGUGUUCCACGGCCGCUGGCACGGCGAGGUGGCCAUCCGCCUCAUCGACAUCGAGCGCGACAACGAGGACCAGCUCAAGGCCUUCAAGAGGGAGGUCAUGGCCUACCGGCAGACCCGCCACGAGAACGUGGUGCUCUUCAUGGGGGCCUGCAUGAGCCCUCCCCACCUCGCCAUCAUCACCAGCCUGUGUAAAGGACGGACUCUCUACUCCGUGGUGAGGGACGCCAAAAUUGUCCUGGAUGUCAACAAGACGAGGCAGAUAGCACAAGAAAUUGUGAAGGGAAUGGGAUACCUGCACGCCAAGGGCAUUCUCCACAAGGACCUCAAGUCCAAGAAUGUUUUCUAUGACAAUGGGAAGGUGGUGAUCACCGACUUCGGGCUCUUCAGCAUCUCUGGAGUUCUCCAAGCAGGCAGGAGGGAGAACAAGCUGCGGAUCCAGAACGGCUGGCUGUGCCACCUGGCCCCCGAGAUCAUCCGGCAGCUCUCCCCGGACACCGAGGAGGACAAGCUGCCCUUCUCCAAGCACUCGGAUGUCUUUGCACUGGGCACCAUCUGGUACGAGCUGCACGCCCGGGAAUGGCCCUUCAAGACGCAGCCAGCAGAGGCAAUCAUCUGGCAGGUGGGGAGAGGGAUGAAACCCAACCUCAGCCAGAUCGGGAUGGGCAAGGAGAUCUCGGUAGGUGCUCCGGGGCCCUGGGUGGGUGUGCGUGGGCUGGGGGAGCCUUGGGAAAACCCUCUGCAUCUGCCCAUCUCAUCCAGCCAGGCUUGGUCCUGCUGCUGUGCUCAGCUCCCCUUGCUUCAGCCCUUCCCAAGGAUGGGGGGAUGGAGAUGGGUGCUCGUGGGAUGGACACAUCCCUCACUGCAUCCCAGCCCUUCCCAAGAAGGGCUCAGUUUUCUCCAGUUGUUCUCCACGAUUGAUGACGUGGGGAAAACCAAGCUUGUGAAGAGGGUGGGAAGCUGGGGGCUGCUCUCUGGGGACGUGGGGGUGCUGUCCCAGGGGCACCCAGGGCUCCAUGUCUGCAGGAGGGAGAACAAGCUGCGGAUCCAGAACGGCUGGCUGUGCCACCUGGCCCCCGAGAUCAUCCGGCAGCUCUCCCCGGACACCGAGGAGGACAAGCUGCCCUUCUCCAAGCACUCGGAUGUCUUUGCACUGGGCACCAUCUGGUACGAGCUGCACGCCCGGGAAUGGCCCUUCAAGACGCAGCCAGCAGAGGCAAUCAUCUGGCAGGUGGGGAGAGGGAUGAAACCCAACCUCAGCCAGAUCGGGAUGGGCAAGGAGAUCUCGGACAUCCUGCUGUUCUGCUGGGCCUACGAGCAGGAGGAGAGGCCCACCUUCACCAAGCUCAUGGACAUGCUGGAGAAACUGCCAAAGCGCAACCGCCGCCUUUCCCACCCGGGGCACUUCUGGAAGUCAGCAGAGCUGUGACGGGAGGAGUUAAGGGACGGUGCCUUCCUCCCCCGGCGGGUCUCCUCUUCCUCUCCGCUCCCACCCUGCGCUCAGGAGGAGCAGCGGGG